AUGACGCGCCCUCACAUCAUCAGAGCAGACACGAUUGACCUGCAGGACAAGUUAUCCCCGACCGCCCAGGACCACUCCCACCAACCCGAGCACCCAGCGCCUCUUGGAAUAGGGCCAGCCGCGCCCCAUCAGCAGGCCGCUAUCCGCCAUGUAGAGAAGGAGCGUUCCUCGGAAGAGGCGCGCCUGCACGAUGUCUGGACCCACGGCAACAGCACGCUCCGAGACGACCCUGGGUCUGACGACGAACGCACCGUCACAAACAACACAAACGGACACCAAUCUGGGCACGACGAGCCUGCUGUGAGGUUGAAUGGUGGCGCACUUGGUGACGACGAUGCUGAUAUGCAGGAUGCCGACGUGGAGGAAGACAUGGACGACGAUAUGAUGGACAAAAUCUCGAGUUCGCCUUCGAUUGACGAUGGCGAAUGCUUACGAGAAAUAGAGGACAUUGAUUUCGAAUUCGUCUACGCUCUACAUACAUUCGUUGCGACCGUCGAGGGUCAAGCAAAUGCAACCAAAGGUGACACGAUGGUGUUGCUUGAUGACAGCAACAGCUACUGGUGGCUGGUACGGGUCUCCAAGGAUAACAGUAUCGGCUAUCUCCCCGCGGAGCACAUUGAAACCCCCACAGAACGUUUAGCACGUCUCAACAAGCACAGGAAUAUUGACCUUUCUGCAACGAUGCUUGGCGAUACCGCCGAGAAGACCAAGAAUCCACUCAAAAAGGCCAUGCGGCGGAGGAACGCAAAGACGGUACAAUUCGCACCACCAACCUAUGUUGAGGCAUCCGACUAUGACUACUCCUCCGACGAGGGCGAGGGUGAACUUUUUGGAGGCCCCGAGCCUAAAGAGAUGCAACAACAACAGCAACAAGCAAUAGCACAGACCGGUGAUUCGUCUCAGGACGAGGGUCUGCAAGUGCAGCCGCUCAAAGUUAACGGGGCAAGAAAGGACACGAAUGGUCAAGCCGAGGGCGAUGCACGACGCUCGAGUGAUGACUCUAACAAACAAGACGGACAAAGAGGGAGCGAAGACAACCUGGAUCGCCCGCUGGAUCCCAAAGUAUCACGUAACGGUACUCUCCGCAACACCGACUCUUUCUUCAAGGACGACAAUACCGAAACACGCAAGAUUACACUUACACCCAACAUACUUCGCGAUGACUCGACCCCCUCAAGUAAUGGUUCUCGAGAACGCGGUCCAAGUCUAGAGAGUUUGGAGAAGAACGGUUUUGCAGACAAGGUGAAAGAUGACAAGAGGAAGAAGGAGAAGAAAUCCGGUAUGCUUAGCGGACUGUUCAAGCGCAAGGACAAGAAGGGCAAAGGCCCGCAGGACUCCAUUGACAGCGAUGUCGACAAGGCAGAGGAGGUGGAUCGCAGUUCACCGCAGUCGAAACCCUCGGACGAACUUGUAGAGCGGCCAUCCAACGAGCAAGUGACAGCACCUGCACCCUUGAGACAGUCAAGCAAGAACAAAACGCAUAAGCGCCCGAAUCACCGAGACGACUCACCGAUAAAGACAAAGGGCAUCUUGAAGACUGAAAGUCCUACAGAUAUGGAUGCGGAUGAUGAUAUGGAUGCUGAAGAGGAGCCAACUACCCAGCAAGCCACCUCAUCCAUGCGCCUAGUACCGCCGGAAAAAGAGGAUGAAGACCAACCGGCAGCUGAGGAGCAGGCUGCACCAUCUGUCUCGGCUUCGAACUCUACAGCCUCAAAGAACCCCUUCAGCGGUAUGAUCAAGUCUCAACCUGAUGGAGAAGUGAAGCGCGAAAAGGUCACAAAAGCCAAGCAACGUGUACAGUUGGACGAUUUCGAUUCGGAUGAGAGCAGCGAUCCCUUUGCGGACCCCGACGCUGAACGUAAGACUAGAGAAGCUGAGCAAUCGGAAUCGACUGAGCGUCUCUCGGAAUCACCAGUACAUGUCUCUGUUGCCGACGUACAAGCAGCUCAGAAAGAAAACGCGGCAGACAGAGACAGAGAGAUGGACUCUCACCAUACCCCGGGCCUAUCUACAGACAGCUCAAGUCAAGAAACCAACUCGCCGAUAUCGACCCCAACACCCGAUGACAGUCCCACGAAAACCACCCAGGAGGGUAUUAAUGCCCCACGGUCUAACUCUGGGAAUACCUCGCCUACACAUGUCAUGUCCAACUCCACUAUUCCUCCUCCUUCGAGGCCCGCUCCCAUUCCUGUUGAAGAAUCAGAGCCUUCUCCACCUGCUUCUUCAGAGAGCACGAUACUUCCCGCUUGGUCUGACGCUUCACUGCGCGCCUACCUCGACGACGGUAGCGAAAUUCGAGACAUGCUCGUGGUCAUCAACGAUACUACAGGCGUCGUGCCAGUUGGCCCCGACCAUCCCCUUAUGAAGGAUUACCUCGCCGAGGAAAUGAAGACAAUGCAAAGCUUGAGUGGUGAGCUCGACCGCUUGCUGAACGGAUUAAUGGAGAAGUCCAUGAAAAGAGCGGGGAGUGCAGCUAGUAAAGCUAGCACGACGCGCAGUACCAGCGCCAAUGGUAGAUUGAGCGCAGGGGCAAUGUUUUGA